AUGGCGACUCCAGAAACCCUUGCCACAGAAAUUGCCGCGCAAACGACACUACUCAAUGAUCUGCGAUUACAAAAGGCUGAAGCUGCACUCGUAGAAGACGCCAAGAAGAAGCUCGGGGAGUUGAAGAAGACGCUGGCGACAUUGCGCGGAGGCGGUACCAAAGAUGCUGGAAAGAAGAAAGAGAGGUUGCUGCUAAAGACAGCCAAGGGAACAAGGGACUAUGGCCCAGGAGAGAUGUUCUGUCGCGAACACAUCGAACGCACGGUCAAAGAAUGUUUUACUAUGUACGGUGGCAGCUGCCUCGAUACCCCGGUCUUUGAGCGCAAGGAUAUUUUGGCUGGGAAGUACGGCGAAGAUGCAAAGUUGAUUUUCGAUCUCAUGGACCAGGGAGGAGAACAGUUAGCUCUGCGGUACGAUCACACCGUUCCAUUGGCGCGAUAUCUGGCUAUGAACGGAGGAGUGACGCCAAGUUCGAAGUUGUGGCAAGUAGGGAAGGUGUACAGAAGAGAUAAUCCCGUUAUGUCUAAAGGUCGUAUGAGGGAGUUCUCGCAAGCUGACUUCGAUAUCUCAGGCGUUUGGGACCCCAUGAUCCCUGACGCCGAGUUGAUCAGUCUCCUCUGCACUAUCUUGACAAAACUGGAGAUUGGCGACUUCACCGUGAAGCUCAAUCACCGCAAAAUACUCGACGGUCUAUUCGAGGUCUGCGGUGUCCCCUCAGACAAGAUACGUACGAUAUCAUCUGCCGUUGAUAAACUCGACAAAAUGUCCUGGGUCGAUGUCAAGAAAGAGAUGACUGAUGAAAAGGGAUUAGACCCAACAGUUGCUGAUAAGAUCGGAGAGUACGUUAAACUGAAGGGUGGGCUGGAUCUUUUGGAGAAACUCGAGGCGGACGCGACACUCAUGGCCAACGCCAACGCCACGCAAGGAGUAGCAGAAAUGAGGAUCCUCUUCGGUCUCCUUAAAGCGUAUAAAGUUAUUGAUAAGGCAAGGAUUAUACGGCUGGGUCUGCUUUCAUUUGAUUUAUCAUUGGCACGGGGGUUGGACUAUUAUACAGGUUUGAUCUACGAGGCUGUUACAGAGGCAUCAGCCCCACCAGGUUUCAACGCCGCCAACGCGUCAGCCCCACCACCCGCUGCACCUACUACGCCUGCUCCCGCCCCCAAAUCCAAGAAAUCGAAAACAGCGAAAGACGACGAAGAGGAGAUCGACGAAAACUCGGUUGGGGUGGGUUCAGUCGCCGCUGGGGGGCGCUACGACAACCUCGUCGGCAUGUUCGCCGCCGCCGCUGCGGGUGAGGGGAAGAAGUCGUCUGGCUUGCCGUGCGUCGGCGUGAGCAUCGGUCUCGACCGCGUGUUCGCCAUUCUCUGGCCGAAGUGGGUCGAGCGAGGGAUGCGGAGCAAGGAGACGAUGGUAUACGUUAUGGCCGCGGGGGAUGGGUUGCUUCAAGAGCGCCUGGAGCUUGUACAGGAGCUGCGGGCUGCGGGGCUGAAGACCGAUUUCCUGGCCAAGAAUAAACCCAAGCUCCCCACCCAGUUCGCGGCCGGUGAGCGAGAUGAGGUUCCUUUUGCUGUUAUUCUUGGAGGCGACGAGCUGAAGGAAGGGCUGGUUACCGUGAAGGAGCAGAAAUGGGAGCUGGUCGAUGGGGGGAAGGCGAAGAUUGAGACCGCGGACAAGGGCACCAAACUUCCGAGAUCAGAGUUGGUUACCUGGCUCCAGAAUUCGCAGACGUUCAAGGAGUGGUCGACCGGGAGGCUAGUAUAG